AUGAAGUUUACGAAUGCAGUUUGUGAGAAUUACAACAAGACUCUGAUCGCAAUCACAGAGUGCCGACUGAGGGCUGUGAAUCGUAAUGUAACCACAUAUAAUUUCAAUUCGACACUUCAUUAUCCGAUCACCGAGGUUGCGGUUGAGGCCCAGUUCUUCAAGAAGGCCAGCGGCUAUAAGCCCUGGCUGUACAAGUUCAAAUUUGAUGGCUGUAAAUUCCUAAAAAGAGCCUACAAUCCGCUGGUCGUUUUAAUUUUUAGACUCUUCAGAGAUUAUUCGAACCUGAAUCAUCCAUGUCCAUAUACAGAUGCAUCGGUCUUCAAGUUUACGAAUGCGGUCUGUAAGUCCAUGAAUGCCACAUUGCUCACCAUCAACGAGUGCCGACUGAAGGCCAUCAAUCGGACUAGAACAGUGUAUAAUUUCUUUUCUACUCUGCAUUAUCCGGUGCAUGAUGUGGCCGUAGAGUUUCAGCUGUUCAAGAGGGCCAAUGGAUAUAAGCCAUGGCUAUAUAAGACCAAAAUCAAUGCUUGCCAGUUCCUGCAGAGGCCCUACAGUCCCAUGGUGAUCAUAAUCUUUAAGCUCAUGAAGGAGAAUAGCAACUUCAACCAUACGUGCCCUUUCGUGGGGCCGAUGUUUAUAAAGGAUCUGUGUAUUCAAUCGGAUAAUCUUCCGCUAGUAUUUCCCACUGGCGAAUACCUAGUGGCAUCCAAGUGGUAUUCAGUAAAGAAAUUGGCCUUGAUAGUGGAUUUAUAUUUCUCAUUUGUUGAGGAUCUAAUAGAUCAAUAA